AAGGCUGUGUUUCCAUCGCCUGAUUAGUUGCUACACAUACAUACUAUAUAUGUUAUUGAUUGGAAUGUCAUUAUGCACUCUAACCUAGUGCUCUAGAUAAUGAAGAGGGAGUUGUAUGGGAUUGAACACAAGCUGCAGCGGAGUAAAGUUGCAUCAUUGGAACCGGAUUCACUUUUCAAUGAAGACUUUCGUCUUAAGAAGUCCGAUUAAAAGUUCAGCGAUUUGGUGUAUCAUACUUAGCAGUGUUUUACGGAGUUUGUUAUUUAUUUUCCGAAAGCAGAACAUCAUCCAGCAUGUCCUGCGCAGAGAAUCAUGUGAUUUGGAAAUCUGGACCAGUAGAAGCGUACCUGCAUCCUUCUCCAUGGACACCAGGGGCUACUAUUGUGACCCACAAUGCACCUAAAACCCCAAGCAGUCUUUUCCGCUUACCGCAGUCCUCGUUCCUGAGCCUUCUCCUGGGAGCACGGGCAGUCGGAGAUCUCCUCUGCAAGCGCCUCGGCGUCCAGCGCUGCGCUGUUGUCCACAGACCCGAUUGUGACGACGGUACACCUGCAAACCUGCUGCUUCUUCCUCUUCAUGGCUUGGAGGACACGUGGAGGCCACAUCUCGCUCCUGAGGAAGACUUUCAGCCUCACGAUCCCGGCUACAUAACUUCCAAAAGCGGUCCACGGUGGACUGAUCUUAACCUGGAAGCCAUUCAGGAGAGGAUUCGGGCAAAGCUAACUUCUCCGGAUUCCCCUUUUAAUUACACGUUUCUCGGAGAACCGUCACACCCAGGGUUAUUUUCUCGUAUCGUUCGAGGAGAGGAGAAGCAGUGGAGGGUCUGGGAGGACGAAGGCCAUGUUGCCUUUCUCACACCAUUCCCCAACACUCCAGGGCUCACGGUGGUGAUUCCACGCAAACCGCUCACCAGUGACAUCCUCCGCCUAGAGGACGGGGAUUAUACAGACCUGUUGCUGGCAACCCGGAAGGUGGCGAGGCUCUUGGAAGACGCGCUGGGAGCAUGGGGAGUGGGGGUCAUAUUUGAGGGAUUUGAGAUUGACUAUGCUCACGCUAAACUGGUUCCUCUGGUUCAAUCUCCAGGCAACGUGACGCCGAGUGCUGUGUGUGCAGUACCAGAGUUUUAUAAUGUGUAUCCCGGGUUCGUGAGCUCAGCUAAUGGACCGCCAGCCAGUUCUGAACAUUUAAGACAGAUCCAUGACAAAAUCACUAAAACGUCAUAGGAUUGAUGUUUAAUUUCAUGUCUUUUUUUUUUUUAAACCUGUUUUCCAGAUCUAGAUAAGUUUCCUAUUUGUGUAAUUAGUUAUUUCUGAUUCCUGGGCUUUCAAACAAGGCCAAGAUCAUGCAAAAGCUCAGGUCAUUGCUUUGACUGGACUCAGUUUUAUAACCUCAGACUUUUAGAUCAGUAAUUAUCCAUGUUUGAAUACCAAAAUAUUUCAACUUUGCACUGAUUUAAAAUUGUAUAUUUAAUUGCUCAACUAAUUAAUGUUAAUGCAAUUCAAAUGUAAUAGUGACUUAAGUUCAGCCCAUACAGGAGUUUUUUUUUAUUAUGUUUGUGGCCAAAAAUGCUUGAUUUUGCUGACUUUCUUUUCUCCAAAUUCGCGAGGCAACUUGCAGUGUUUUAGUGCUUUUUUUUUUUUUUGGCAGAAAACUAAUUGAAUUGGCGUAAUUGCAGUUGCACGGUCUUUCGCAGUGAUGUUUGUUGGUAAAUGAGACCUUUCAGCUGUACUCAUGUUCGACGCACGUGAAUCGAAGACGGCUUUGACCGAAUGCGCGUUGUAAUGACGUCACAUGACCCGUUCAUCUGAAGUCAUUUUGAAAAAUUGCAAGCGCUUCCAAAUAUUGUAGAGUUUGCUUGAUUUUGCGUUCAUUUCUGCGAUUAUAUAAUCACAAAAUCUUGAGGGACUGAAUAAUGUCAAUGCAAUUCAUAUGUAAUAUUGACCUACAUUUAACACUUCACUAUAUUAAAGUGAAUAUCUCUCUCUUCCCUGAA